GGUGAUCCAGGAUCCAAUCAAGAGACUUGAUUAUUUUAAACCCUGUUCAGGCUUCACACUGUCUGGGAUCUGGUGCUGUCAAGAUGGCAGAUAUCUGGCUACAGAAAGUUGUGGUGUUGGCAUGUGUAUUGGUUGUUAGCAGUCACACCUUGUCCCACCACAAAAAGCGCUGUAAUGUGUCUGGCACAUGGAUGAAUGAACUUGGUUCUGUGCUUACUCUAACUGUGAAGGGUCCUCAGCUUAGUGGUUCCCUCCACUCUUCUGUGGAAACCUCAAAAGGGGCCGCAGGGGAUGAGAAGAUGGGGAAAGUGGUGGGAGUGAUUGGAGAUGGAGACCAGCCAACCUUCACCAUGUCAGUGAAAUGGAGUGGAGGUUCUGUCAGUACUUGGGCUGGCCAGUGCUUCUGGAGGACUAGCUGCCCUGUGUUGAGGACAAUCUGGCUGCUGAGAUCUGAAGUCGGCACAGAAGACAAGAAUUGGGAGGCAACCAGGAUUGGAGAAGACAUUUUCCAACCACAGAAGGCUUGUGACUUGGACCAGCUUUCCUAACAUGAAAUAAAUUCUUUACCAGCCUUAAA